AUGGACUUUAUUAUGAAUUAUAACUUGAACCCGUUUGGCGGAGAACCUUUUGACGAAGCUGAACAGGACCCAUUCCAGGUGCCAGACUUGCACGAGAUGAUGCACCAGGAAUACCUUCCUCUUCCGCUUUACCCCAACAUGGCCACGGGGGAAAUGAGUGACCAAGCUGCAACAGCAGCAGUAACGACAAUAACAACAACGACGUCAGCUUUGCCUUUGCCGUACGAAGAUAUGCACUUGAAUUAUACACUGGGGGGUCAUGAUUUCGCUUCCGUAGCUCAUCCCCCACAUUUGACGCACGAACAAUCUUUUCAAUAUACCCAGCCUGCCGCUAGAAAUAUCCCAUGUGCUGCUGCUGCCGAUGCUGCCGAUGCUGCCAAUGCUGCCGAUGCUGCCAAUGCUGCCGAUGCUGCCGAUGCUGGAUUUGAUCGACCAAGCUUGAACCGAAGUUUAGAAACACAGCUGAGUUUUGAAACGCUGCCGCAAUCGAGCACCCUGUCGAGCUUUACCAAUUCGAGCAUCACCAAAACCAAGGCAAGUGCCCUGAGACUGAGGCGCGAUUGCGAGUCUUGCCGCUUGAAAAAAAUCAGAUGCGACAAGAGCAAGCCACAUUGUCUGCAGUGUAAACUAAGUGACUCGAGGUGCACUUAUAAAUUGUUGCUUCAGUUUAAGGAAGAUGUUGAAUUGCAGGGCAAGCGGUUUGGAAGAGAAGGGAUAAACUCGACUAAUAGGGUCACCACCGAUGAGUUGGUGCUCAGGGGCAAGAAAUCAUUUUACCAAAAGAUCAAGAAUGGCGAUAGUCUACAAUUUGUCAAUGUGUUUAAGAUGGACAUUGAAGGCUCCGAGUCGCAAGAGACACGGAUGUGUCGCUCAUUGCAGUCGUCGAUUGUUCCUCAUGAUAUUCAGUUCUUGGAGCACGACGCGAGCUCGAUUGAUUUUGCUUUGAAAUACUAUAUCGAUUUCCUUUCGCCGAUACUUUGUCCCAUCGGCGACCAGCCGAUGCAUUGCAUGCAAGUGUCGCCGAUAAAUCAUCAUGACGAGAGACGGAUUGUUAUUGAAAGCGGGUUGGACCUUAGCUUUUUGGUGAAAUUGUACCAGAAUAACCACUGUUUAUUCUACUUGAUGCUUGCCGUUGGCUCGAUGUUUUUGUCGCAUCGGUGCGAGCACCCGGAUUUCAAAACUUCGUGGCUCGAAAAGGCCUUCCAUUUCAAGAAAUUGGGUCUUUCCUUGAUCCAGCCCUUGUUGGACCAGCUUCUGAAUAAUAUCCCUUUUGGUCCCGAGGUUUCAGUGACGGAUUCAUUAACGGCCCUUGUGCUUUUAGUCAAGUUUGAAGUUGCCAACAACUCCAAUCCCAAAUGGAUCGAGUACCUCGGACUUUGCAAGAUACUCGUCACGUCCACCAACUUGAUAGUGCCGAAUGAUGAUAGCUCGAAGCAGGCGCUUUGGGAAUUUGGCCUUGAGUUUUUACACUACCAUGAAUCCGUCGGCAGAACAGCUUGUCAAGAACCUGGCCUCAACUUGAUUCCAAGUGACAGCAGAAUGACCACCGUGGCAGCGCCAGGACAAGUCAACCUCGUGAGCUGGAUGGGGUGCGACCGCCGUUUGAUCCAGCUUAUUUCCGACAUUACUGAUCUCUCCUUUGAGAGAACCAAGAAGGCCAUGAAUGAAAAGGAAUAUUUGCUCGAAUGCAACCGGCUAAGAGAAAAAAUCGAAGCUACAAAUAUCCGCAUGGUGGACAUUUACCUAGCGUCCAUGGAGAAGGACCUCGAUGCCUAUUUGCUGGACAUGGGCUUGAGAAAGGACGAGUUUCAUUUCUUGCUAGCUAGUGAUGUCAAGAGUCUUACAGCUGAGUUGUAUUUGAACUGCUGCUUGUUGAACAUGACCCCCGAAGAUGAGAUGGUGCAGAAUUUGGUGCAGCAAAUUUUCCAAUUACUUCGGCACAUUGUAUUGGAGAAUGACUACAAAUGGUGCGCGCCUUUAAUCUGGAGUGUGUUUGUUGCCUCGGCUGAGAUUUCGGUUUUCAACCCUGAUUGUGAAGAGUUGCGAUACACCACGUUGAAGCUUCUCGACAAGCUCGGCAAGAAUGAUCUUGGAAAUAUAAGCAGAACAAAGCAGGUCAUUUUAGACGUGUGGAAGAAGCGGGACUUGGACAAUAGCGAUUUGCACAGUGUAGGUAUCGUUGACACCAACAGUCGCAAGUUUAGAAAGAGAAAGAAGUUGAUGGGGUUUGAGAAUGACUGGGAGAAGUUUGUGGUUGACGAAUACGGUAUUGCUUUAUCUUAA